UUGACAAAGAAGAUAGCAAAAGGAAGGAGGCGGCCAUGUUUGCGCCUGCCACGAGCAUGGCGCACGCGGAGCUGCACGCGGCGCACGUGUCGCAGACGGACUCGACCAGCGGCGGCCGGAGUAGCGCGCAGCACGGCGGCCCCGCUUACGUCACAGCGCACUCGGCGCCCGAGGAGGUCGAGAGCAUCGCCAUGCUCUCGCAGAUGCUGCAGAACGAGGCGCAGCGGCACCAGCGCGAGCGCGACAGCUACCCGGCGCCAGGACCGUCCAAGCCGCCGACCAGCGCCGCCGACGUCAUCUCGGACCUGAUGGGUCGCGAGGCGCCGGCGCCGCCCACCGUCUACCUGGAGUCGACCGGCGGCCAGGCGGCGCCGCCGCCGGUCUCGGUCGCCACGGCGCCCCGCAUCAGCAUCGACCACCUGCUCGGCCUGCCGGGCUUCAGCGGGCCGAUCGCACCGCACUUCCUGGCGCCGCGGCCGGGAGUGUUCGUGCCGCACCCGGCGCACCGCGGCCCGGCGCCGCCGCCGCCGCCGCCGGCGACCGCGCCGCCCGUGUCGGGCGCCACCGCCGGCGCCACCGCCGCCAAGGCCGAUGACGCUGAGAAAGAGAACGGCUGGCAGGGACUGGAGAUCAAACGCGAGCCAGCGUCCGGGCCGGAGGAGGCGGCGCGCGGCCUGCUGGCGCUCCACAAGCACCACUGCCACCGGCUAGGCGGUGACGGCCAGCCAGUCGACGGCGACGAAUUCAAAUGUGACAUGUGUGACGUCAGGCUGAAGAGGAAGGCGCACAUGGCCCGCCACCGGCGCAUCCACACCAACGAGCGGCCGCACGUCUGCAACGUCUGCUUCAAGGGUUUCAUCCGACGCGAGCACCUGCAGCGCCACCUCAAGAUCCACGAGCCGGGGUACGUGCCGCCGCCGCCGCCGGCGUCGACCGGCGACGGCCGCGACCGGCCGCACGUCUGCCAGCAUUGUGGCCGCGGCUUCCUGCGCAGGUACCACCUGCAGCGGCACUGGCACACGCAUGACCCCCCUCUAGACGAACCGGCGCCGCGCCACCCGUGCGACCUCUGCGGCAGCACCUUCCUGCGCCGCGAGCACAUGCGCCGACACCGCAAGACGCACACCGGCAAGAAGGAGCACGUCUGCUACCUGUGCGGUAAAGCGUUCUUCCGGCGCGAGCACGUGCGCAAACACGUGAUGAGCCACACGAAGAGCGGCAGCGCAGCGCCCAGCCGGGAGCGGGCGGCGCCGGCCGUGCAGCUGCAACCGGCGGCGCCGCUCGUCAGUCUGGAGGGCACCGACCUCAGCGUCGAUUCCGCAGUGGGCAGCGGCGGCAUUGAGCCCCAGCCGGGUCCGUCUCACCACCCGCCGCCGCAGCACCAGCCCCGGCGGCCCUCGGACGCGCCGCGCAACCACGUCUGCGGCGAGUGUGGCCGCCGCUUCAGCCGCAAAGAGCACCUGCAGCGCCACGAGUCGACCCACUCUGGCACGCGGCCGUUCUCGUGCGGCGCCUGCCAGCGCACCUUCAACCGCAAGGAGCACUUAAAGAAGCACCAGCAGGCGCCCAACUGCGGCCGACCGGAGGACGGCGUCAAGCGGGAGCCCGACGAGCACCAGGCGGCCCCGGCGGCGCCUGCGCAGCCGCCACCGCACCACCCGGCGCAGCCGCCCAGCCUGCUCGGCUUCCAGCCGCAGCUGCCGCAGCACGUGCUGCUGCCCCAGCACGUGCUGGGCGCCGUCAACACGUCGCAUGCACUGGACAUGUCGACGCAGGCGGCGCAGUCGCAGCCGGCCCACCUGACAUCGGCCGCGUGCGAGCCGCGGCCGCUGCAGCUGCUGCUGAAGUGAGCUAGUGACAGCCGCUGUUGUACAUAGUGCGCCGGCUCCAGCUCGGAUCGGACCGCAAGAGGACGCUCGGCGCCGGCGGCCGGCACAGACGAGACGCCGCGAAGUGUGGAGCGCGUGCCGGGCCGAGCCGCCGGCGCCCGCCGACGCUGUGGAGAGACCUGCCCCCGCUGGCGCCGCGCCACGGACCAGCGGACGGUGGGCGGCGCGUUCGAAUGUGACAGUCAAAGCUGCGAGUGUGGGACCGCAGCCGCCAGUCUAGUCGAGCGGCGACGCCCGGCGGCGACCACGGACGCCGCGCUAGUCUGGCCACGUCGUCCCCGCUGGAGAGUCCGGCGCCGGCGGGGCGGCGCGCCGUCUUGGACGACCCUCCGCGCGCGCGCGCCGGUGUGUGCCGCUGCUGGUGUGAGGCGCAGACGCGGCGUCAGCGGCGCGCCAGCCGACGGGUCUCGCUGAGCUUGGCCGCGGCGUGGGGACUGUGACUGAGCGGCGCCGGCAGUGAGGGGCGCGCCCGGCUGCCGGCCGGCCGGCCGUCCGGCGGGGUCCUGGACCGGGCCGGCUAUCGUCCCGGGUAACUGCCGGCGGUGAGCGGCCGUGCCGCCGCCGGUGGAGGCUCCUUGCCACGGCUCGGUGGGUGUGUCGUGCUGGUGUCAUGAUACCCAGCCGCCCCCUCCCUUGCAACGGUUCUUCACUGCACCUCGGCGAGUCGCCUCGACAUUACUAAGGCCUAUUCACUCGGCCUGCGGUCCAGUUGGUUUGAUGUUGGUAUGCGGCUCUGUGUUCCUGUCGAGAUCGCGGGUAUGCGCGCGCUCUGUCCCGGUGUGCGACGCCAUCCCCUGGGACGGCGCCGCCCGGCCGGCUACAGACGUCGGCCCCGUGCGCAGCAUUUCCGCCUCUGGCGCAGCUCCAGCGGUGCCCGUCGUGCCAUCCGAGAGCGUCGCGUGCUCCGCUGUCGGUCUCGCCAUCCGGCAGUGAACGGCUAGCAGCACGGCUGCCGCGCGCGCGUGUCAGUGCAGCUGAUCGCUUCAGCUUCGUAGCGAACCGCCGCGUUUUUGGCUCCUUUUGCGUCGACCGAUUCGCGCCUGUGUUAGCGCCGAAUCGAGCGUGGCUUACCACAAUGAUCGCGGCGGCCUUCGGUACACCAGGAGUUCAAAUUAUGAUCUGGUGAGUCUCCCGGUUCGGUAAUUGGUUUCAUUGCAGCGGCGCGCUGGCGGGCCUCUGCCGUCAGCGGUGGCUGUUUUGGCGUCCCGUCGCCGCUUCUUUCACGCUUUUUUCUGCGCUACGUGACUGAUGGUCACGCCGUGCGCCGGCCGCUGCCGCCCGCUGGCAGAGGCGGCCAGGCAGGCCGGACGCUCGUGCUCUGGUCUGGCCGGUGCGGCCGGGGCGUCACCGGACCGGCGGCGGCGCGGCCGUGCCUUCCCCGGCCGCGCUCAACCGCCGUCGGUGGUAACCGAUCCGCCCGGGCCCGGGUCCCACGCUCCCACGCUCCCACGCUCCCACGCUCCCACGCUCCUCUUGGGGGCGGCGGCGGCGGCGGCGGCCGCCGGCUCCGUGUUGGCUGUAUCGACCGCGCUUCGCCUCCCUCAUCUGCUGGUCACGCGGCCUGCUCCCCGGGGUCCGGGGUCGCGGCCGACCGGCCCCGCCGCAGACGGGACAGCACCUCCCGGGACAGCGGACGGACGCGCCGGCCGGCCGCCCGCCCGUGGCCCCCAGCGCCGGAGACGGCAGCGCCUCGCCAGGUCCGCACGCAGCCCUGUUUGGGUGCCGCGGCAGAAAAUCAUGUAUUCGCUGUUGGAAGAUUGGAAGCGUGGCGCGGCGGGUCUUGUGUCUUUUCCUGGCGCGAGGCCUCAGCUGCCCCCCGCGAGCCAGAGGGCCUGCCGCGCGCCCCGGCCUUCGCGCCAUAGUCAGUGAUGGCUGUAGUGUCGCCGCGCGACGCCCCGCGGUGAGAGCUCGCGCUUGUCCUCUCCGUCUAGUCACCGGAGGACGGCUGCAGCUGCUCGGAUCCAGUCAGCCGCGCGCGCGCGCGCGUGCCCGCGCUCUAGCCUAGCCAGCGCCCGUGCCGUUUAUUCACUAGUGGUAAGGCGUAGCGUGUGUUGGCGUGCACAAAGUAUUUUCCGAUCUGUGAUGUGCACCGCAGCUGUGUGGCGGCCGCGCAGCUCCCGCAGGUAGCGCUAAUCAGGCGGCCAGCUCGGCACGGCCGCUCUGCCUUGGCCGGUGCCGCGGCACGCGGGCGCGUUGGCCGCGCACGCAGUACAAAGGAGGCGGGCCGCGGCGCGGCGCCAGCGCCCGAGUGGCCAGCGGCCCGGGCCGCUUAGUCAGUAGUCGGUAGUGACGGAGUCCCGGCGCGCGGCGACGCAGACAGGGUGGCGGAGCGCCGGCCGUCGGCGGCCGAGCAGGCGCCCGCGGCGACAACGGCCACCUUACGCAGCCGUGUUUAGACUAGUUCUCUUCGUGUAGAAUCAGUGCUGCUUGCCUGUACGGUGACUGUCGCCAUUGCGGAGUGCGUUGCGGCGACCUGUAACUUUGUCCGGUGCGCGAGUGGACCGAUCCUGUCUUAUUCACUGAUUUUCCGAGGGUUUCUGACUGCGCACCGUAUGCCAGCGUGCUGUGGCGUGGCCGUUUGUUCCCGUCCGGGCAGCAUCAGGCCAGGCCAGGUCAGCAGAACACCGACCGGCCGGCCGCCCGGAGCUGCUAGCGCAUAGAGUCCGUGUAUGUGACGUCUUUUUUAUUAAAACAUAGAGAAUGUUUUGUCCCGCAAGUUUUGUGAGCUUUAUAUGCCAUGAUGAUAUUUUGUAAUUGUGCCUGAGUGUUUGAAUAUAGCCGGAGCCUAAA